AUGCGAAGCAAAAAAGAAUCAGCAUCCGCCUCAGGAUCUCUGGGUGAAUUAUCAGAGGAGGCUGUGGCCAAACUUGUUAGACGUGCAAAUAGAGGUGGGAAAAAGAAAUUUGAGAGUCAACUUCAUCCAAGUGAUUUGAUUGGAAAGCAUGAGCCCGGGCCACAAAGAGACAAAAAAGAUGUGGAUGCAAGAGUUGCAUCCAAUGCCUUGGAGACUGAAGUUUGUAGCAGAGAUGCUCUGCGAAAGGUAUCUAGGGACACGAAUGGUGACGAGGAAAGCUUUCAGUGCUCUUUUAUGGAUAGCAGGGAAGAACUGAAUGACUCAGAUUGGGAAGAUGGCCCAGUUCCAAUUUCAAAUUCCAUGGGUGGUCAUGAAGUGACUAUUGAAAUAAAUGAGACACCAGAUUCCAGAAGACGGAAACGUAGUCGUCGGGCUUCGGUUGAAGAUAAGGAAGUGGCUGAACUUGUUCAUAAGGCUCAUUUACUCUGUUUGAUUGCACGGGGAAGAUUGAUUGACAGAGCGUGUGAUGAUGCUCUUAUUCAGGCUUCCUUGCUUUCUCUUCUACCCGAACAUUUGCUGCGUGUAUCCAAGGUUGCAAAACUUACUGUGAAGCAUUUGCUUCCCCUAGUCUUUUGGUUCCAAAAUAAUUUCCGUGUUAGAACUACAAGUGUGAGGAGAUCAUUUCAUUUGGCUCUGAACUUUGCCCUUGAAACUCGUGAAGGGACUCAAGAAGAGAUUGCUGCAUUGUCUGUGGCACUGUUCAGAGCUUUGAAUCUGACAACUCGGUUGGUGUCCGUUUUGAAUGUUGCCUCCUUAAAGCCAGAGGCUGACAAGACUGAUUGGUCAAGUGAAGAUGCAAGCAGAUUGAGUAAGGGAAUAUUCAGCACUGCAACUCCAAUGGUGGCUAGAAAAAAUGUUCCUGUGUCUCCUGCUACAAGUAGUGAGAGAAACUCUGUCGGUGAAACUCCUCAGAUUGGUUCAUAUAAAUAUACUUUAGCUUGUGAGGAAUGGAAUGAUAUCUCUGAAGCAUGCCAUACUAAGAAAUCAAAGGAAUUAAAGAGAAGAGGGGAUCUUGAGUUUGAAAUGCAGAUGCAAAUGGCUCUUUCCGCCACUGCAGUUCCGACUGCGGAUAUAAAAUUAGGUUCAGACAAUAAUGACUCAGAUAGUAAUGUUGCAAAAAGAUUGAAAAGAACUGUAUGUGAAGAAUCACAAUUUUCCUCCCAGAGUAUUUCUACUGCAGUUGGAUCGAGAAAAGAAGGAUCACCAUUGUACUGGGCAGAAGUGUACUGCAAUGGGGAAAACUUGACCGGAAAGUGGCUGCAUAUUGAUGCUAUUAAUGCAAUUAUUGAUGGAGAACAGAAGGUCGAAGCUGUAGCUGCUGCAUGCAAAACACCUUUGAGAUAUGUAGUUGCUUUUGCUGGUAACGGGGCUAAAGACGUGACUCGCAGGUACUGUCUCAAGUGGUAUCAGAUAGCAUCUCAACGAGUAGAUCCAAUUUGGUGGGAUCAGGUAUUGGCACCACUGAGAGACUUAGAGGUGAGAGCAACAGGAGGCAUGGUCUUUUUGGAGAAAGAACACACCGGUUCCUCAUCUGAACAUAUUAUAGAAAAUUUUCUGAACAUCUCUGGCAGUGCAGAAAUGUCCACACCGGUUCCAAGUAAUGUCCACUUGAACGCGAAGUCUAGCCUAGAAGGCUCAAAAGAUUCUGGAAAGGGGCUUGGCGUAGAAUCUUCUUCGAGGAGUGUUGAGAUUGCUACCAGGAACUCCCUUGAGGAAAUGGAAUUGGAAACUAGGUCAUUAACUGAACCUCUUCCAACGAAUCAACAGGCCUAUAAAAACCAUCACCUUUAUGCUAUUGAAAAAUGGCUUACCAAGCAUCAGGUACUUCAUCCGAAAGGGCCAAUUUUGGGGUUUUGUUCCGGUCAUCCAGUUUACCCUAGGACAUGUGUGCAAACUCUGAAGUCAAAACACAAAUGGCUUAGGGAGGGGCUGCAAGUUAAACCAAAUGAGCAUCCUGUCAAGGAGCUGAAACGUUCUAUCAAGGUUCAAAAAGUUCUUGAAGACGAUGGUAUCGUUGGGGGCAAUUCAAUUGCAACUAUAGAACUUUAUGGGAAGUGGCAACUUGAACCACUGCAUCUGCCUCAUGCUAUCAAUGGAAAAGUACCAAAGAAUGAUCAUGGUAAUGUGGAAGUAUGGUCUGAGAAGUGCCUUCCACCAGGGACUGUGUAUUUGAGGUUACCAAGGGUGUUUUCGGUUGCCAAGAGACUAGAAAUUGAUUACGCUCCCGCCAUGGUUGAUUUUGAAUUCAAAAACGGUCAAUCAUAUCCUGUCUUUGAUGGUAUAGUAGUGUGUGCUGAGUUCAAGGAUGCAAUAUUGGAGGCUUAUGCAGAGGAACGGGACAGAAGAGAGGCUGUAGAAAAGAAAAAAUAUGAAAUGCAAGCUAUUUCACGUUGGUAUCAGCUUUUGUCUUCCAUUGUAACUCGGCAGAGGAUACAAAACCGUUACGGGGAGUCUGCAUUUACAGUAUCAGCUGAGACUGAAAAUGUUAGUAAACUAGAUGUAAAGCUUGGUGGUGGUAAUGAUGAGGAGGCUCUUGGAUGCCAGCAAGGCCUACAUAAAAAUACACUGGAUGAUCGUUCUAGCAUGCUGGAAAACCAUGAGCAUGUAUUCUUGACAGAAAACCAGAGUUUUGAUAAAGACAACUUGGUGGUUACAAAGAGAUGUCUCUGUGGAUUUUCAGUGCAAGUGGAAGAACUAUAGCAUCCCCACUGAACAAAUAUCCACAGAGAUGUCUCUGUGGAUAUUCAUCAGAGUUAAACUUAUCGUGCUUGUUGCAAUCUAAGAGUAUUUGAGAAUUACCAGUCGAACGCCUUUGCAAAGGCUGAGCUCACAAUGGAAAAACGAACUACCAUCUGCUUUUGACAUUCUAAGCCCAUUCUGACUAAUUAUAAGGCGAGUUAGAUGUACAAUAGUGGUGUACAAAAAUUUGAUGCUUUCCUUUUUCCCAAGAAUUGGCAAGAGUACUAUUCUUUUGCUUUGUGGCCUUUUGUUUUGUUUUGAGUCGACAAUUAAAGAGCAAAGUAGAAAUGGAGAGAAUACAUG